GCCAGCUGCUGCAAGCACUUGUCUUGUGUGUUCUUUGGAGCUGAGAUUCCACACUCUUGUUAACCCUGGGAUAACGCCUAUGAUGGUACUCCCGUGCGCAUGAGUGAAUCACCUUUUAUUCCCACCGGCAGCUGAACUCUCCUCCGUCGUUUGAGCAGUAACCAGGAGCUAUGGCGGCGAAAAAGAAGGAUAGCACAAAGAAUGCCCCAUCCUUUGAGGAAAUCAUCCAUGCUGCUCGUGAUAGGCGCCGCAAGCAAGCUUCAACGGACAAGUUCUUCAGCAAAGUAAGAAGUGAAAAUGCACCAGCUGCCAAAAGGCCAGCGCAGAAAGAAGCUCCCAGAAGGAUUGAAAAGCGCACGGCAACCAGAGGUGCCAGAGCCACUAGAAACGCCGAGCCCGCACGCACCGCACACACGCGAACUGCAGACAUACCUCGCUACACUACCAGGGAGGCUCGUCUACUGUCAUCUGCACUACCGGACCCAGACCUGAGCAUCAAGGGCCGAGCCACCGGACCUACCAUAGUACUCGGCAGCAACUUUGCUCCUGGGACUACAGCUGAAGACAUACAAUCGGCCUUUGAACCAGUAGGCGGCAGGAUGUUGAGAUGCCGGCUCAUCGCAACGUAUCCUGCUGUAAUGGCCGAAAUGAUGUUUGCAGACCGCCGUGGUGCUGAUGAUGUUGUCACCAAGUUCAAUAACCAGAAAGCGGACGGAAGGAUCCUGCACAUUCGCAUCAAACCCGAAAUUACCUGACGCCGCUCCACGAUUGUAUCACUCACCUUCUUCCCCCCGAAACAUAAAAGAGAGCUUUGGCGGACACUUCACCCAAACAUCGCAAUCUCAUUACGAAAUAUGAUUUGAAAAUUUGCCCCAUAUCUGGACUCUGCUGAUUUUCUUCGGGUUCGCACCCAAAUUUUGGCCUAGCUAGAUAUUUG